AUGUUUAAAGAAUGGAAACGUGAUAUUGAAGCCCAACGAGAUGAAACAAGAAACUAUUUAAUUUUAGGCGAAGAUACUCUGGAAAUACGAGAUGAUGAAAUACGGAUUGAAAUCGUAGGUACUGAAAUUCCACCAAGCCCAAUUAAAACGAAAGUUGCAACAGUCCUACCUGUGACUGCAACCAAUGCGAUUUUAUUUCCCACAAAACAGGAUAUCGUCAAACAAUUUACGCUAAAUAUACAGCAAAAAUAUGCUUUUAUGAUUGUUACUAGUCACUUAGUUGGUGAACAUUAUGCUUAUACCGGUACUAUCGAUAAUCAGUUAUUGAUGUGUAUACCUGGCUGUGGUGGCACUGAAAAAUCUCAUUUGAUUCGUGCAAUUACGAAGUAUUUCCAAGUAACAAAACGUGGCAAGAUGUUGCGUAAACUGGCACCAACGUCUAUAGCACCAGCUGAAAUUGAUGGAUUAACUAUUCAUUCAUUUUUAGGUGCUCCAAUACUGGUUUUUCGGAAUACGCUACGCACUCAAAUUAAUAAUAGGGCUGUCUUAAACAAAACAAUGGAAAUGGGACUUACCCCAAUUGUAUGCAUUGCUCAAGAUUAUAUUCAAGGAAAAAUUGUGGAUGAUUUACAAUUACGUCAAGCGAUACUUGAACUACCAGAUAAUAAAACAGAACAUCUUCCGGGGUAUUUACCUCUCGUACCAGGAAUGCCAGUUUUACUCACAGAAAACGUCGCUAGUGAGCUAGGACUAUCCAAUGGUACACGUGGAAUCUUUCAUCAACUUGUAUACGAUGAAUCACCAGAAGAUGUUCGAUACCACAAUCAGAAUUUUCCACCAAAUACCAAGUUUAUAACGCAACCAAAGUACGCUUUAGUAGAAUUUCCUGGUUGCAAACUUGAUGAAAAACUUGCUCAACUAUCUUCCAAAAGAGUUCCUAUAGCUAUUAGUGAACAAACAUUUCUGUUUGACGCCAAAGAACUUCCUCCAGAAAAUGUAGCAAAAGUGGCCAAAAUAAACAAGAAAACAACAAAACUCACGGUCAAACGUAAAGCACUUCCGCUUAUACCCACAUAUAGCAUGACAACACAUAAAAGCCAAGGACAAACACUCGGUAAAAUUAUCGUUAGACUUGACGAUAUACUUAUUAUACGGCCAUUUGUAUUUGGAACACUUCAAGUCAAACCAUCAACGCCCCAAAUAGAAGAACUUAAAAGACUAGAUAGAAUAGCACAAAAUACUCGGAAACGUUUUCAAUUCAUCGCUUAA